AUGCCCGCCUGCCUGAUCGUACGCCCACCCCGGUGUCUGUGUAUCUGCCUGCCCGCCUGCCUGCCCGUCCACCUAAGUGCUUGUGUGCUGGCCUGCCUGCUCGUACACCCGCCCCGCUGUGUGAGUGCCUACGUGCCCGCCUGCCUGUCCACUCGUUAUGGUGUGUGCGUCCCAGCCUGCCAGCUCGCCCGCCCGCCCCGGUGCAUGCGGGACUGCCUGUCUACUCAUACGUCCACCUGCCCGCCUGCCUGUCCGCCUGUCAGUGCUUGCGUGCCUGCCUGCAUGGUCGUACGCCCACCCCUGUGGGUGUGUAUCUGCCUGCCCGCCUUCCUGCCAUCUCGUACGCCCACCUGCCUGCCCGCCCACCUAAGUGCUUGUGUGCCUGCCUGCUUGCCUGCCUGCUUGUACGCCCGCCCCGGUGUAUGUGUGUGCCUGCCUGCCUGCCCACCUGCCUGCCUGCUUGUGAGCGCGCCCGCCUGGCUCUCCGCCUGCCAGUGCUUGUGUGCCUGCCUGCCUGAUCGCACGCAAGCCCUGGUGUGUGCGUGCCUACCAGCUCUCCUGCUCGUAUGCCUGCCUGCCCGCCCGCCCCGGUGCGUGCGGGCCUGCCUGUCUACUCAUACGCCUGCCCCGGUGUGUGCUUGCAUGCCUGCCUGCCUGCCUGCUUGUACGCCUGCCCACCCGCCUUAG